AUGCAGUGUCCCUUCAAUCGAGCGCUCGUUCUCCUGCGACAAACACAUAAAAAAAAAAAAAAACCCAGUCCAUCAAGGUCUUCGUUUCAGUCAUGAGCAGAUCGGGGCAGCCUCCAGAUCUCAAGAAGUACAUGGAUAAGAAGCUUCAAAUCAAGCUGAAUGCAAAUAGGAUGGUGGUCGGAACACUCCGUGGGUUUGACCAGUUCAUGAAUUUGGUGGUUGACAACACUGUGGAGGUGAAUGGUGAUGAGAAAACUGACAUAGGCAUGGUGGUGAUCAGAGGCAAUAGUGUUGUCACUGUUGAAGCGUUGGAACCUGUGACCAGAACGCAGUGAUGAAUGGUUUUGUAUUUGUAGCGUACUAGGAUGGCGUUUAACUCUUAUGCUUUUUUACUCAGAUGUGAACACUUGUAUGAGAUGAAGAAGUUUAAUAUUUUGUGUUGCAAUGAAGGUCAUAUGAAUCCUUUAUUUGACCAGUGAUCUUGCUGUACCCCCCUCCAUUGGAAACAUACUUUUAUUUCAGCUCUAGAUUUUAAGCUAGCGGGCUCAGACUGUUAUUGAUUUGAAUUUUAAUAUUAUCGACAUGCCUUGGCCU